AUGCCCAAAUCGAAGCGCUCCCGCGUGGUGCAUACCUCAGUGGUGCAAAAGAAGCCCAGCAAAGAGAAGGCCUUGGCACUCUUCGAAGCCGUUCAGCAUGCAGCCGAUUCAUACGCCCACAUCUUCGUCUUCGACGUCGAGAACAUGCGCAACACAUAUCUCAAAGACGUGCGCCAGCAAUUCUCCGACAGCCGAAUCUUCUUUGGCAAAACAAAGGUCAUGGCCAAGGCAUUGGGACAGACACGUGAGACGGAACAUGCGCCAGGAUUGUGGAAGUUGAACCAGUACUUGAAGGGCAGUGUGGGAUUGCUGUGCACAAACAGGGCGCCAGCGGAGGUGUUGCAGUACUUCGAGGGAUACGUCGAGGUGGACUUUGCAAGAGCAGGAACCGAGGCGAGCAGGACCUUUACUAUUCCAGCUGGCGUGGUGUACUCGCGUGGAGGCGAAGAGGCGAUCGAGGACGACGUUGCGCUGCCGCAUUCACUGGAGGUCACGGUGCGCAAGUGGGGGAUGCCGACACGUUUGGAGAAGGGCAAGGUUAUGCUGGAUCAGGAGCACACGGUCUGUCAAGAGGGCAAGGAGCUGAACAGCCAUCAGACAGCGCUGCUGAAGCUGUUUGGCGUGGCGACCGCGGAGUUCAAGGUCGAGGUACAAGCGUACUGGAGCGCGGCGACGCAAGACGUUACGGAGGUGGCUAAGGCCGCCGGCGCUAUGGAGGAGGGUUGA